AAGGAUGGACGCGGCUGCGAAGCGUUGAGCGAAGUCACAUAUAAAUAUGACGAAGUUUUGGAAGCAGUUUAAAUGUGUCGUUAAAAGUGUGAAAACAGUGGAGACGGUACACGGACCUGCCCUAAUCUAAUCAAGCGGAUCGCGACAUGUUGCAUUUCACAUUAAAUGCCUCCUACGCCCAAUCAGCCGUCGAAGAAUUUAGAUUCUGACGUCACUCGAAGUUUUCGAUCCAGUCAUUGGCGGAACAGUGAGUGCCUCAUGUUGCGCAUUCAGUCCAAACCUCCUACGAAGAUGAAACCAAGAAACAGACCAACUGAUUUGGGAGGGACCGGUUGCCCCACUGCAGAUCCCAGUGCUGUAAUCGCAAAAGCAGACCCAUGUAACUGCCAGUGAUUCGUGCUUUGAAACUGAUGCACAACACAUCGUUGACGUUCUUUCAACGCCUUCAGGUAGUAUCAGAAGCCUUGAACGACCAGGACGAUGGCUCCGAUCCUUAGUAAAUACGUGACUAAACAAUCAGUAGCUGGUGCAUUAACUAUCAGUGCCCUUAUUUGGAUAUUGAAACGCAGAAGUAGAAAAAAUAUAGUGAAAACCAGCUCUAAAAAUUCCUGGCCUGCUAACGACAUUCAGUAUGUUAUUAAGGAGGACAAACCUAAAGGACCUAGAGCACAGGUCGAUGCUGCUUUCUUUAAACAAUUAUAUCAAUUACUCUCAGUUGGUAUACCAGGAGUUUUUUCAGCAGAAGCAGGUUUCGUUACUCUGGUUGCUGCUGCGCUUGUUGCUAGAUCCUUGUGUGAUUUAUGGUUGAUUCACACUGGAACCCUUAUAGAAACAUCCAUUGUCAACAUGGAUGCACCUUUAUUUAAAAAGAGACUUUUAAGAUAUAUAGCUACAUUACCCUUGAUAUCCGUUGUGAACAAUGUACUGAAAUACAGUAUAGGAGAAGUGAAGUUGAGGCUGCGAACAAACAUUACACGCUACUUACUGGAUCAGUAUCUGAAGGGCUUCACAUAUUACAAAAUGAGCAAUUUAGACACACGCAUUGCUAAUCCUGAUCAGUUGCUGACCACAGACGUGGAUAAAUUUUGCGAGAGCUGUACAGAUUUGUAUAGUAACGUUGCCAAACCUGCUUUGGACAUUUGCAUAUAUGUUUACAGACUCACCUCUAACCUUGGUGGACAAACACCGCUUCUCAUGUUGACAUACAUGGUAGCGGCCGGAGGUUUCCUAACACAUCUCAGAAAGCCAAUAGGCCACUUGACAGUAAAAGAACAACGACUCGAGGGUGAAUAUCGUCAUAUCAAUUCACGACUUAUUACAAAUGCAGAGGAAAUCGCCUUUUAUCAGGGUAACACUCGUGAGAAGUUAACACUUCUCGCCAGCUUCCACAAAUUGGUAACGCAUAUACGUAAGUUUCUUGAAUUCAAAGUGACGAUGGGCGUAGUGGACAAUUUCAUUGGAAAGUAUGUGGCGACGGUAGUUGGUUUCUAUGCAGUGAGCAUUCCGUUUUUCCAAAAGAAUCAUCCGGUCCUCUCAGGCACUCCUGAUCAUCGUUUCAAGAGUUAUUAUACCUAUGGCAGGAUGCUUGUCAAGCUAGCAGAAGCUAUAGGAAGAUUGGUGCUAGCAGGACGAGAAAUGACACGACUAGCAGGCUUCACAGCGAGAGUGACUGACUUGCGACGAGUCUUGGAUGACUUAAACGUGGGCAAAUAUGAGAGGACUAUGAUAGUGAAUCUAGAGAAUAAUCCCAUAGGUCGUCCUGGAGAUGGGAAAAUAAUAGCCAAGGAUAACGUCAUUAGAUUCGACCGUGUGCCUCUGGUUACUCCUAAUGGCGAUAUACUUAUUAAUGAAUUAACAUUUGAGGUGAAGUCCGGGAUGAAUGUCCUUGUUUGUGGACCAAAUGGUUGCGGCAAGAGUUCACUCUUCAGAAUACUAGGGGAGCUUUGGCCAGUAUGGGGUGGCACAGUGACAAAACCCCCACGUGGGAAAUUAUUCUACAUUCCCCAAAGACCUUACAUGACCCUUGGGACGUUGAGAGACCAAGUGAUAUAUCCUCACACACGAGCUGAGAUGAUCAGGAGAGGACAGAUGAAGGAUGAGGAUCUACAGAAAUUACUGGAUCUUGUCCAGCUGGGUCAUCUCCUAGAAAGAGAGUCUCAGUCGAACAGUCAAAGUCAAGGUUGGGACACAGUAGCAGAUUGGAUGGAUGUACUCUCCGGAGGAGAGAAACAGCGCAUUGCAAUGGCGAGAUUGUUUUAUCACGCACCGCAGUUUGCGAUCUUGGACGAGUGCACGAGUGCUGUGAGUGUCGACGUCGAGGACUCUAUGUAUUCCUAUUGUAGACGUGCUAACAUAACCUUGUUUACCGUGUCACAUCGGCGAUCCUUGUGGAAACAUCAUGAGUAUUAUUUACAAAUGGACGGACGUGGUGCAUACGAGUUCAAACCCAUCGAACCCAACACAGAGGAAUUCGGGUCGUGAAUUCACGUGUCCCUUGCAUGGAAGAAUCACUCGUAAUUCAUUCACAUUUUGCAAGGGACCGUUAAUUAUGUACUUAAAGGGUUCCGAAGAGGAGAAGAUAAACGCAGAUAAUUUCCUUAGAUCGAAGAAUCUCGUAACACCAUCAACUAGGCAUUUCGUUCGUUGACAAGUGCGCGAAAAUUUAUACUAAGAAUACAAGUAGUAGGGUGUUGUGCGAAUAGAUGCAUGCGAUCAACUUUGUAUAUGCAAAUUGUGAUUCAAAGUGCAAUGCAAAUGGGGGUACUAUAUUUUUCUAUUAAUACUUUUACCCGAAAAUAUAAUAGUCAUCGUUUUAAAUGAAAUUCCUAGGUUGACGUACAUGUCACUUGAGACUUUUCCGUCUAAGAUUGUCAAAGCAAGAGUCUGAUGUCUUAUGAUGAUAAUAUCAAGACAUCUGUUAAUAUAUCUGCUAGAUAAUAUCUGUGCGUGUUGUCAUGGAAUAUCAGAAUGAGACAGGAUAGUUCUUGAAUCAUGUAAUGACUUGGACUUCUGGACGGUUUCGUGCAUAUAUUAAUAAUUAAUAUGUAUAAGAUGUACCCGAAGAACCUGAAUGACCUCCAGGAUGUAGAUUGGAAUUUGCACUAUUAGAAUUCCGUUUAUAAAGUGGUACAUCUUGUAACACAUGUAUAUAAAAUCGUAUAAAAGAUUGAAAACAUUCUUCGCUAUAUGAGUAUACAUAUACAUAUACGUUAUCGAAUAGAAAAUAAUGAAGUAGCGAGAUGUUUGCACGUGAUCAGACUACAUACGUACAAUCAAUAGGAUUACGAAAAAAAAGGACCUAAAUGUUAUCGACUGAUGUAUGAAUUUCUUAUCCGUUAAUAUGAUCGUUGCGAGAGAAUUAAUGCAGGCGUAUGUACGGAAUGCACGGAACAACAAAAGAUUAAUUGUUAAUCAUAAUGUGUAGAUCACAUUAUUUCGAAGAUUUAUGUGUAUUAUGGGAUUGCUGGACAAUAAGGAAAAAAAAGAAAUGUAAGGACCUAUAUCCAACAAAAUAUAAAUUGAUUUGCAUAACCGAA